AUGAUGGCUAUCCGGUUCUGGCCAUUCUUGAUCUCGGUCGUCGCCGCUGCGGCACGACCUCCCACCACAGAUCCGCUAUGCAGAAACAUCCCUGGUGACAAGGGGUGGCCGAAACAGGGGGCAUGGCAUCGCUUGAACAGUACAGUCGGUGGAAGACUGAUCGAGACUGUUCCCUUGGCACACAUUUGUCACGAAACUGGCAUUUAUCCGGCCUUCAAUGAGCCUGCAUGCGAGGAUUUACAGGAAGCCUUCAAUGAGGCUGGUGCGCAGACUCUCCAACCACAACCGGGCGAGUUUAUGAACGCAUACUUCCUGAACACCUCCUGUUCACCAUUUACUCCGAAAUCUGUGCCUUGCGAGCUAGGAAACAGAGCUGUAUACUCCAUCGAUGUGACUGGACCCGCCGACGUGCAGGCGGGCUUGAAAUUCGCCAGCGAAAAUAACAUUCGUCUCGUCGUCAAAAGUACCGGCCUUGAUUAUAUGGGAAAGUCGACUGGCUAUGGAGCACUCUCCCUAUGGAUGUACAACCUGAAGACCAUCGAUGUGAUCCCCAACUACGUGAGCCCUCAGUAUUCCGGAGCCGCGGUAAAACUGGGCCCCGGUGUGAUUGCUGGCGAGGCCUAUCAAGCCUUGAAUGCGGCGGGUUACCGGAUCGUAGCUCCCGAAUGCGGUCUCAGCGGGAUUGCCGGCGGUUAUCUGCAAGGCGUCGGUCACUCGCAGCUCGUUACCAAAUACGGAGCUCCCGCCGACCAGGUUCUUGAAUGGGAACUUGUCACCCCCGCCGGGAAGUAUCUGACCGCUACACCCAAGAAGAACAAAGACCUGUACUGGGCACUUGCAGGCGGCGGAGGCGGGACGUACGGAGUUGUGCUUAGCGUGACGAUCAAAGCGUACCCCGACGGACCAGUAGCCGGAGGCACACUAGUCGUCAACAACACCAACGACGCCGCGUUCUGGGAAGCCAUCGGAAGCUGGUUCCACCGUGGUCCAUCCUUCGUGGAGAACACUCCCAACAAUGUGCAGUUCCUCGUCACGAACGCUACUCUGCAAGUCUUCAGCUUAGUCCUACCGGAUCAGGAAAGCUCCGCCGUGGACGCCCUAGUAGCCCCAUUCAUCGACGAUCUGAAACGGCUGGAUCUCCCGUAUGAGCUAAAGACCGGCCAGGCCCGCACUUAUGCCGACAGCCUGGUCUCAUCGUACGGGCCCCUGCCAUACGGAAACCUGUGUCCUAGCUUCCCUGUCAUCUCCAGCCGGCUCAUCCCGCGCGCGACAGUGCUGAAUACCACAUCCAAUGCUGAGCUGAUGGAUGCAUACCGCUCUAUCACUGCCGAUGGAACAUGGUUUGUCGGCUGCUCCUUCAUCAACGUGGAAGAAGACUCCCCAAUCCGCGGACCUCACCCUCCCAACUCAGUCCACCCAGCCUGGCGUAAGGCCAUUGCCUACUGCAAUCCUAACAAUCCCUGGGAUUGGGAAGAUCCCGCGAAGAGUCUGGCGCUCAAGAAGCAGCUCGUUGAUGAGUUUUUCCCCGCUAUCGAGGCGGCGACGCCCGGAUCAGGUGUCAAUCUCAAUGAGAUGGAUCCAUGGUAUAAGGGAGAUUGGAAACAAACGAUGUACGGGGAUAAUUAUAAGCGAUUGCUAAAGAUCAAGCAUGAUCAUGACCCGCAUCGGUUGAUGUAUGGUCAUUUCGCGGUGGGAGCUGAUGAGUUUACUUUGGAUAAGGAUAAUAGGCUCUGCAGAGCUCGAUAG